AUGGGUUAUUUGGAUAAUAUUUCCAACAUGUUUCAGAGUGAGAAGCCACACAGGUGCCAUUUGUGUCCCUUUGCUUCAGCCUACGAGCGUCACCUGGAGGCUCACAUGCGGUCCCACACGGGUGAGAAGCCCUACAAGUGUGAGCUCUGUUCCUUCCGCUGCAGUGACAGGAGCAACUUGUCCCACCACCGCCGGCGCAAGCACAAAAUGGUGCCUAUCAAGGGUACGAGGUCUUCCCUGAGCAGCAAGAAAAUGUGGGGGGUUUUGCAGAAGAAGACCAGCAAUUUGGGGUACAGCAGAAGAGCGUUAAUUAAUUUGAGUCCGCCUUCCAUGGUGGUUCAAAAACCAGACUACCUUAAUGAUUUCAGUCAUGAGAUCCCAAAUAUCCAGACUGAAGCUUAUGAGAGCAUGACAAAAACAACCCAGAGCAGUGGGUUGCCAAGAGAUCCACAAGACCUUAUGGUAGAUAACCCUUUAAACCAGCUCUCUACGUUAGCAGGACAGUUAUCUAGCUUGCCACCUGAAAACCAAAACCCAGCCUCUCCUGAUGUCGUUUCCUGUCAAGACGAGAAGCCUUUCAUGAUACAGCAGCCUGCUGCAGCUGCCGUGGUGUCUGCUGUGUCAGCGAAUAUUCCUCAGAGCUCAUCUCCCACCAGCCCAGACCCUCGGCCUGCCCACACCCAGAGGAACUACAGCCCCGUGGCGGGUCCCAGCAGCGACCGCAGUGCCCACACCAGUACUCCCAGCAUCAGUAACAGCCAGCCGAGCACCCCAGCUCCCACCCUGCCCGUGCAGGACCCGCAGCUGCUGCAUCACUGCCAACACUGUGACAUGUACUUUGCGGACAACAUCCUUUACACCAUUCACAUGGGGUGUCACGGAUUUGAAAACCCUUUCCAGUGCAACAUCUGUGGGUGUAAGUGUAAAAAUAAGUAUGACUUUGCCUGCCAUUUUGCAAGAGGCCAACAUAGUCAACAUUGACUGCAAACGUGCUUUCGUUUAGUUUUUUAACAUAUUACAGUAUAUUUUUCAUACCUGCUGAAGGAAAGCUUGCACAUUCCCAUAAGGAAUCUUCACAUGAAUUGAUUUGACAUAGGAGGCAAACUUAUUUCUAUGUUGUUGUAAAACUUGCCAGGGAAAUUUUGUCUAGGAUGUGGUGGUUGUUUUAUAUGUAGCCUUUCAGAAAAGCUGAGAGUGGUAUAAGGAUUGGAACUCAUUUACAUGCUUUGGUUGCUAAAUUUCAGUUGCUUGCACUUAAUCCCAAUAAA